AUGGUCUCGGACGAACACUACGAUUUGUGCCUGCCCAUUCUGCAGGACACAACUUUGGAAGACGAGGACAAGACAGACUUGUUGGAGGCGCUGCUCAAGAAGGAGACACGGCUGGCCGGCUCCUCGUUAGACAAUGCGAUUCUCGAUGCAAUGUGGAGGUUCCGAGAAGGGGGGGGCUCAUCAGCUUCUCCCCCUCCAAUACGAUCGUCCAUCCUGCGACGACCGUCUCCGGCUUCUUGGCGUGGAUCUCCGACGCCGCUAUCUGGCUCUCCAAGACUCGCCGUGAGCCCGCUCGCUCCUCCAGGCUUCAUCCCUUCAACCUUCCAGAGGGCCAAGUCGUCUACCGCCUCUCCCUUCUCUUCGCCGCGCGCAUCCCCCCGGCUAGCCCUAGCCACACCGGUUAUUCCUCACAGUCCGAGCCUCAACGCCUACGAAUUUGCCGGUGAUGCGAGCCCGGCGACUGAGAUUCUCGGCGACUAUCAAUCCGAGAACGUGGAAUGGCUAGUCAACGACGACGCUGCCAGCGCGUCAUCAUCCGUCGGCACGCCUAGCCUUUUGAAUGCUGCCGCUCCGGAGUUCUCGUCCAUGUCCUCGCAACAGGUUGACAUGUCCCCCUACGACAUGCUUCGAUCAAUUCUGGGCCAAACCCGAACAGAUGAGGAGAUCGAGGCUGCGCUGGCCUCUCACGGCUACGAUUUGAGUGCUACCAUUUCAUCCAUCAUGGAAAGCCAAAGUCAAGAUGGCGGGCCACCUGCCAAGAGCUUAGAUGAACCAAGGAGUGUACUGAUUGGAAAGUCGAUUUCUUCCGACGGACGCCCUGUCACGCCCAAUAGUCAAUCCAAAGGCAGUGUCAUUUGCAAGUUCUACAUGUCCACCGGCCAGUGUUUACGGGCCGACUGUCGGUUCAGCCACGAUCUGAGCAACCAUCUUUGCAAAUACUGGAUCAUGGGCAACUGUCUUGCCGGCGACACUUGUGUAUUUUCUCAUGACCCGUCAAGAUUCAUGACGAAGCUUUCUCUAGAUGAGCCAAGCACGGGCAAGAGUCAGGGAAGCAUUUCGCUACAGGAUACGGCGUCUUUCCCCGCCUUGCAGCAUGGGGUGGCGAAUCUCAACAACACUUUGGGUGGUGCCGGCGCCAGUCUCAUAGCUGCUGGACUGAAUCCUCCCCAAGGCCCAAGGAGCUACCAUGGUGCGGAGAGUCCACGGCUACGCUCCCGGCCUGGUAGCCGCCACCAAGUCAAGGACGUGGCUGCUACUGCUGCUGCUCCCACAAUUGAUGACAACGAGGCAUUUCCGUCCCUCAGUUCUGCUCCAGCCAAACAGGGCAAAAAGCACCAUGGCAAGCGCGGUGGGCAUGGACAUCACAAGGAAAAUGCUGUUCCAAGCUCCCUGGCGGACAUUGUCAAGAUGUCUCCGUCACCUACUCCCGGUUCGCCCAGACUCGAGUCGACGAGAUUAGGAAAUGGCAAUCCCGGGUCCAACAGGAAUGGUGAGAAUAGCGCGGCAGUCCAGGCGAUUAAAAGCCCGAAACAUAUUCCUUGGCUGGAAACCGGUGAUCGAGCGAACAAGGCGUACCUCAAGGCUCGCCAAGAGGCCAUCAAACACGGGGGCCUCCGUAAUAAGUUUUUGCAGAGUGCGGCUCAAGCCUGGAACCGAAAUGAUGCCAGAGCUGCCAAGGCUCUCAGUCUACGCGGACAAAGCGAAAAUGACUUGAUGCGAAAAGCGCAUCGAGAGGCCGCACGAGAACUUUACCAGCAUCGCAACAAGAAUUUGAGCAGUGCCGGCGAGAUCUACGUAGAUCUUCACGGACUUCACCCGGAGGAAGCAGUGGAGUACUUGGAGAAGAGUCUCAUGGAUAACAGUCAAGACGCCAGGCCGGUCUACGCCAUCACUGGCACGGGGCAUCACAGCAAAAACGGUAAAGAUAAAGUGGGCAGGGCGAUCCGCAGCUUUCUCAACGAAUGGCGGUAUGCGUAUCGCGAAUUCUCCGUACCUGGUGAUAGGAACAACAUGGGAGGUAUUCUUGGCAUCGACGCUCGCAGCUGGGACAAGUCCCUGUCAAGAGAGGCGGCGAUGGCAGGGGAAGAGCAAGAAGAGGUUGACAUCCUGAGUCAAGGUGUUGAGAUUGGCGACGGCAAGGUGAGGCUGUUGGUGAGGGACCCUCCGAAGGGCCCCAGUGGCCGACGGUGA